ACAGAUACGCGGGCCGGGUGUUUUGUUAGAUCCACUCGCCGGAGUCGGGAUAAUUUCGUUCUAGAAAUUCGAUCUAAUGCGGUUUUAGUGAGGUACCUUUGCCCCCAAUUACGCUCACUCUCCUCCACAUCAACUGAACCCAUCAUCAUGGCGAAAAAUAAGAAAAACAAGCGCCAAAGCGCCGACGCAUUCAAUUCGAAAAAGUCGACGGUUAAACCGAAGCAACUGAAUCCAUUUGAAGUUCACCUGAACAAGGAGAAAUUCAAGAUCCUUGGUCGAAAAAACAAGCACGAUCGGGGGUUGCCGGGGGUGUCGCGAGCGAAAGCACAGAACAAGCGGAAAGCCACGCUAGGACGCGAGUAUUUGGAGAAGCACAAGACCAACAAGUUCAAGGAUAAUCGAAUCGGGCGAGGCGGUCAGGACGAGAAUGACGAUCUGGCGAUGGCGCGCUUUGCAGCUGAGAAGAUGACACAGUACAAGGAGAAGAAAAGGAAUAUUUACAAUUUGAAUGACGACGAGAUGUUGACCCACCGUGGUCAGACGUUGGAAGAGAUUGAACAGUUUCGAGAGCCUGAUAGUGAUGGAUCGGAGGAUGAAGCCUUGGAUGCUGAGUUCACUGAGUCAGCUCAUUUUGGCGGAGGCAACGAGAAAGAUAAGACGGAUCGUAAGGCUGCAAUUGAAGAAAUGAUUGCUGAAGCCAAACGGAAAAAAGCAGAAAUUGCCAAAGAUAAGGAUGAAGUGUAUGAGUUAACAUCACGCUUAGACUCAAACUAUAAAAGUUUAAUAUCAAUGAUGGGUAAACUAUCAAAACGGGAAUCUGAAAGCAAACCCCCGCAAGACGAUUACGAUCGGGUCCUUCGAGAAAUGAUCUUCGAACCACGUGGCGAAGUAGCUGAUAAACUAGCGUCUGAAGAAGAAAUUCAACGGAAGGAGAAAGAACGCCUUGAAAAAUUAGAACAGGAACGCUUAGCUCGAAUGCGUGGUGACGAUCCUGUUGCUCAAGAAAAACCCACCCAUCGAUCCGCAGAUGCACUUGAUGAUGGAUAUCUCGUUGAGUCGGAGAACGAAGACGAACCUACAUUGGCUUAUGACAUCAAUGGUGACAUUAACGCAGAAGAUGAUGACGCUAAUGAUGAAGCUCUUGGUGAUGACACUUUAGAAAAUCAGGAUGAUAGUCAAGAGUUGGAAGCUGCUGGUGGAGACGAUGAUGAAGAGUCCGACGUCGAAGAUGAAGGUGAGGAGGAAGAAGAAUCAGAUGAUGAUAGUCUGGAGGACCUAAAAGUGAGUGAGACCGAAUCAGAAGUGGAAGAGGAAGAUAAUGAAGUCGAAUCGACUAAAGAAAGCAAACAAAAGCGUAAUGAACAGGAACAAAAACAACCGAAAAGAAAAACCUCUGAACAAAAUGGCGAAGCGCCUGAAGCAAAGCGUACUAAAGCUGAAAAGCAGCUGCCUUUCACUUUUGAUAUGCCUGGCAGUUAUGAAGAAUUAAGUGUGCUACUGGAGAAGCAGUCGAUUGCGGACCAAGCAAGAAUCGUUGAACGAAUCAUAAAAUGUCACCACCCUAAGCUGGAUCCCGCGAACAGAGAGAAGAUGUUGAAACUGCUUACAUACCUACUGCAACUUCUUAACGACAUUUUCGCGGACGCCAAAGAAAGCAAUAUUGCAGAUAGUUUUAAAAAAUUCGACAAAAUGUCGCCAUACUUCUAUGACUUGAUCCAAAUGAAUCCUGAAAGAUCAGCAGCUUGCAUUUUAGAAGUAAUUAAAGAAAAGUAUGAAGAGUACAAGAAAAGCCCGAAAGUGUUCCCGCAAUUGGACACUGUAGUGUUCUUAAAGUUAGUCUCAAACGUGUUCUCAACUUCCGACUUCCGACACCCAGUCGUUUCGCCAUCGUUCGUAUUUGUUAGUCAUAUGCUCUCUCGAGCUCGGGUAAGGAAUCGGAAGGACUUGGCAAUCGGUCUUUUUAUAGCUACUCUUGUGUUGGAAUAUACUAGCUUUUCAAAGCGGUUCCUCCCGGCAGCCGUUAAUUACCUGUUAGGCAUAAUAUAUUUAGCUAUACCUAAACGUGCCAUCGAAAUUGUCCAGAUAGUUCCACCGUUUCAAUCGAGAGGACCGCAGAAUUGUCUGUUAGCGCUAAACGAAAAGUUCGAAGAAAGUGUCGACCCUAAAUUAUUUGCCGCAGAUUUAGUUACUCUAGAUAUUGACGACAGCUUCAAAGUUCGAGCCUUACAUUCUUCUCUCGCAAUGCUAAACGAUUUUAUUGAGAACGCGAUGGACAACGUUGGCUUGAGGUUUAUGCUGGAACCUUUUGGGAAUCUACUUGAACGGAUUGAUCUGGAAUUAUAUCCAGAUUUCAUACGCGGAAACUUGGAAAAGGCUCAGCAAGCGAUAAACGCUGUCAAUGCAAGGCCGCUUCACCGUCUGGUCGCGGUGGAGAAAAAACCAAAAGCUCUCCGUCUGAUGGAACCUAAGAUUGUCGCCGUCCACGAUGAUAAACGUCGCCCGAAACUAUCCAAGGAGAAGGAGAUGCGUGCAAUUUUGUCCCAUAAGCUUAAACGCGAGACUAAAGGUGCUGUUAGAGAAAUUCGAAGGGAUAAUGAAUUCAUCGCAAAGAUGAAGAUCAAGAAGCAGAUUCAAAGCGAUAUGGAGCGUAAAGAAAAGGUGCGUAGAAUCUACGCGGAAGCAUCGCUACAACAAGGAGAGCUCAAUGCACUAUCUAGGAGUAAAAAGAAAACUAAAUUCUAACAUUUAUUUUAAGCUCAUGUUUCUGUAAAUAUUAAAAUUUUUAUCUUGAAAUUUAAAAUUUUAGUAAAUUU